UUGUGCAGGAUUUUAUGUUCUGUUAUCAGUAGAUGUGCUGUGCAGUUUAUCAUUUUAGAUUAUUACUGCUUCAGAUUCCAGAUAAACUUGAGGAUAUGCCUGUUGCAGAUCUCUGGGUACAAGAAACUUUUUUUAGAGGUUGAAGAUGUGAGAAAACAGCCAUACAACUCUGACAACCCUGAGCACGAGCAGCAGCUUAUGGAGCUUUGGGACUUGCUUAUGCCGCAUGAGAAGUUGAAGUCUAGAAUAACUAAACAGUGGGGUGACAUUGGCUUUCAAGGUGAUGAUCCAAAAACAGAUUUUCGUGGCAUGGGCAUUCUAGGACUGGCAAACUUACUUCCAAGGAACAUCCAAAUCUUUACAUGUCUAGAAUUUAUCCUUUUCUCUCGUAACCAUUCGUCCAAAGACACAUAUUUCAAAAGCUAUAGUGCCUCAUCACUUUGCAUCUGUUUCAGGUACUCGUAUGCAAUAGUUGGGAUCAACCUAACAGAAAUGGCUUACAGUUUACUCAAGAGUGGGGCCCUGAAGUCUCACUUCUAUAAUAUGGUUCCUGGCUUUCCUGAGAUUAAAGUGCUUCCAUCAGUUUUUCUGUAA